AUGGCGAACUCUUCCUUCCCCGGCGCGGCUUUCAUGUUUGCGGGCAUGCAGGUGGCGAGGAUCGAACUCGUUAAUCCGAACAUAGUCGAGCGCGACAGUGAAGGCAUACCUCAAAUCAGCAGGAUCGAAUUCGUCAAUCCGAAUCUCGUCUCCUCGCUCGGCAGUGAGAGAGCGCAGAGCGGCAGAACUGAACCUGUAAACCCGGGAUUUGUCUCGCACAGCAGUGAACGAGCACAACACGUCGGCGGGAAUGGAUCUGUCAACUCGAGCCUCGCCUCGCACAAUAGUGAGAGAGAAUCGAAAGGCGUCCACAUAAACGAUAACAGAGCCCCUGUAAACACUAACACUGGCGCAAAGGCCGCCUUGCCAGAGAGAAAGAAGAAAUGGACGAAGCGAGGGAAGCGAGGAAAGCGGCCGAAUCGUCAACGUCAAAGGAAGAUCCCAGAGCAAGAGGCAGACGCGGCUUCUGUGGGUACUCGGAAUGAAACUGCUGCCAGGAUGGACAAUGGAGUGCCUGCGUAUCAGUUUGCGCUAGAUGCUAUGCAGAGCGGUGCAACAUCUUCCUUGAGCACAUCGGCGAGGUCAUCAGCAAGUCCAGACGAGACAUCUAAGACAGCAGUAUUGAAUGCUGCAGAAAAUUGGCAGGUGAAUAACUCAACGCCAUUCCCUGGCUAUUACCUACGGAAGCACGCUUAG